AUGAGUAUCGUCAACAUCACAGACAUCAAAGUAUUAGAAAACCCCGCGUUAUUCACAACCGACUUUUCGUUUGAAAUUACUUUUGAGUGCAUCACAGAGUUGAAUGAAGAUUUGGAAUGGAAGGUCAUCUAUGUUGGCUCACCUGAAAGUGAAGAAUAUGACCAAGUUCUAGACAGCAUCAUGGUCGGACCAGUUCCAGCUGGUAUAAAUAAAUUCUUAUUCCAGGUUUCACCAGCUGAUCACACAAAAAUACCGCCACACGAUAUUCUCGGUGUCACAGUGGUAAUCAUCACGUGCUCGUUUCGAAAUCAAGAGUUUGUGCGUGUUGGUUACUAUGUCAAUAAUGAGUAUAGGGAUGAGGAAAUGAGAGAAAAUCCACCGGAGGAGCUUCAUCUCGAUAAAUUAUACAAGAAUAUUUUGGCGGAUAAACCCCGUGUGACAAGAGUGCCUAUUAAAUGGUAA